UAAAGGAAGGAAUGAAGAAAGGGGAGGAGAGGUGGCAAUUGCGACGAAAGAGGAGGCGGGUCCUUGGCUUAGGUAUAGGGUUAGAAGACAAGAGAGCAACGGUUGCUUGCGGGCGCUAGUCGAGGCAACGGGAGAUACAGCCUGCACCGCUCUUCUACAAGACCUGUAUACGGCGUUUCUAUUGCCUUCUAUCUCGGCUACUACUAAACAGCGUUUUAAAGGUUCUCGCGGUAGAAUGAUCCCUGAAUGGGCGUUUUACAGCUUCUAGCGUUAUAACCAAAAUUUCCGACGAGCCCCAUUCGAGCACGUGGCUUACGAGCUCGCGGUGCACACUCCUGACGCAGGCGGCGAACGCGAGGACCAGCGGGCCGGCAGCAGCGAGGUGACCAUCCGGCGUCAGGUGUCCCUCAGCGUGAGACCAGCCGAAUCGCUGCAGGAUGAAGCGGCGCUGCUCGCACAACUGGACCCCAGGCCCGGCUGGCCACAGAUCUCGGAUUACGCCUGCUCCGACCUGAGCUUCGAUGGUGUCGCGGGUGCUGGGCCCCCACCACUGCCUGCCACCGACAUAGGGCUGCUCGAAGGGACGAACGAGGAGCCGCGAGUCGCCGCUCGCACGCUGGUGACGCAGGUGAUCGAGGUGUCCGGCGGACAAGCCGGGAGAAGCAACCGGGUGGGCACUUGGGGAUCAGCGUCGCAGGGCGGAGCCUUCCGACUACCCGAGGACGAGCGCGUCGCACACAUGCUUGUGCCACCUAGAAAAAAAGUAUCAUCCUUGGAGUACACAGUACCGGCCGACCGCGACAAAAGCAUCCUCGUCACGAAGUGCGCUUCAUCAAGCGCCGUUGGCUCGACUGCAAUACUAGUCGAAGAAGCGAGGGACUUCUCUCGCAAGCAAUGCCACAAGUACACGGCCGUUCGUCCGGCAGUUUCCGGCCAGUGGUCCUUCGAAACGCGUCAGGUGACCGGGCAGGCUACGGGCGUCAAGGUGCACUGGGUCUCGAGCAAGACGGAAAGUGCCGCCGACGGUCCGCUUCCCAAUGCGGUGACAGCCGAAGCCUCGGGCGCAGCGCAGGAUGACACAUCACAGGAGCGAGACGAAGCGACCGGAGCUCCGGCUGUGGCGGCCAAAGCAGUCCACUCUAAGAUCAACGUGCUAGCUCCCACGACUCCCGCUGCCACGGACAACGAUGCCACCACGACUGUGGAAGCAUUGACGGAGCACUCGGGCUCUUCGAUCAUUCAGCUGAGACCCAAGGAGUCGCUUGGCGACGCAAACAUUCACGUGAGGGCGACCAGAAACAAGUCGCCGGAGGGUAAGGAGGAGUUCAAGGUCGGCGUCGCUCCCUCCAGGAGUCGUGUCAGCAUCCACCUAGAAGGGCAAAUGCUCACCGCCAAAUCCAGCGAGGCGAAUCUCGUUCACGAUUUCAGGAUGGCCGCCGUCGGCAACCCGCAUCUAGUGCGCAACGUGGCGCCGUCAGCAGAAGAAGACACCGACUGUCCGCCGCACAGGGACCUUCUGUCGAGCCCCGCGGCUACGGCGACGGCAGAACAGAGCGGCGCUGACACAAAGAGUCAGAGAUCCGCACCCGCGGAGCUUCCGGCGUCCGAGGGUCAACCAGCCGACCGAGUGCUACCGUUGCAGAAGAACGUCGAACGCGGACGCGUCCCUGGACGGGAAACAUUCCGCGCUGCCGUAGUUCCUGAAACGAACGUGCCUAGUCUGGGAUGCCUGACCAAGGUAACGAGCGUCGCGCGUAGCGAUCAAGAUGGUCAUCUGUCGAGUCAGUACGGCUUCGGAGACAACCAGAGCGGCGGCCCUUUUCUGCGUGAGUUAUCAGUUGACGAGACUGACGAACCAGCAGGCACUGCAAUCGCAUCGUCUAGCAGUCGCGCCUUGAGAGGAGCCAAAAUUGUGCAGUACGUUGCGUCGUCGGAACGAUUGGAUCGGAUAUCAAGGGCCAGCGCCCGGUCAGGGCUGAGGGAAGAAUUUGUCUUUUCGGCUACGACAGUUGGCUUUAGCGAAAGAGAGCGCCGAGCCCUACCGCCCGUGCGUGAAUCAGGCAUAUCCUCGUCACGUGUCCACCUGCGUCCCACAAGCCGGUUAUCCGAGUUCGGCUUUUCUGCAACGACUUUCGGUCUCACGGACAAGGAUCGUCGUGCUAUAGCAUCUAGUCACUCCUUGGACAAGCGUCCCAGCAGUACUCGUUUGUCACGUGACCACCUGCGACCCACGGGUCAAGUGUCUGAAUUCGGGUUUUCUGCGACGACUUUCGGCCUCACGGACAAAGAUCGACGAGCUGUAGCAUCUAGUCAGUCCCUGAACAAGCGUCCUAGCAUUAAUCGUUCCAAAAGCAGCCACCUUGACUUCAAAUUGUCGUCCAAGAAGAGCCUACAUGCUAUUGACUGUCGCAGCCCAAGUCACGAGGUUAGACGAGAGUUUGGUUUUUCGGCGACAACAAUCGGCCUCACUGACAAAGAUGUACAGAACUUGCCCUCUUCGAGAGACAGAUUUCGAGCGUCUGAAACUGCAGUACAUCAGAAGGCCUCGGACAAAUACACAAAGGACCAAUCUUCAAGAGCUGCGUAUGGUUUGGCGGAAAGAAGAUCUGGGGAAUUUCUCCCAGUCAGGAGUGUCAGCCAUUUGGCGCCGCGUUCCAGUAGGUCGUCCGGAGUACUUCCGCCAUCAACCAUGGGAGGCCUCAUCAUACAACACCUACCGGAAAAUGAAAGUAGAGGAAGCAGCCGAUGCGUUUUUGUCGGCGAUCUAUACACAGACAGUAAUGCAGCCGGCAGAUCCAAGCUGGAUGUUCCUAGCGAUGUACUCCAAAGCACGGCGCGACCGUUACUUUCCGUUAUCGAUGAAGAAGAGAGCACCACAGAUAUCGACGUCGACGGAAUUAUCUUGCGAAAAAAAUCUCUGCAGACGCUUAAAGUUGCACCUUCCAGGGAGCUGUUCAGCUCCAUCGAAGGCUCAAGCACAUUCGACAAUUCUAAUCCCGCCACGUACAACAGUUCUAACCAGCCCGGACAACCAUUAGGUAGCUUUUACGAGGAGAGAAUUCCAGACCAGCAGAAUUCGCUCGGUGCCUCAUUCGAAUCACCGCGAGACAGGGCAAGUACAGUGCGAUUUUUAGAUAAUACUGCAGUGUCACACUGGAUUCCAGGCUCCGCUCAAAACCCUUCUUCCGUAGAGUUUCAAAGACACCGGGGACAGAGUGCCACGACAUUCCCUUCAGCCUACUCAAUGAUGGACUUUGAAACUGCCUACGAGACAGCGCAGAACUCCAGCGAAGCUCAGUCGCCAUUGUCCACGCUUGCUGUGUCAAGGCUUGGAGUUGUUAGUGUUUCGUCCAGCAGUUCAGUGGAGGUAGACGGUCUACACGUUAACCAAACGACGCAGUUCUGCCCGAACUCUCAGACAGUCGCGGGGCCUGCAAGUCCCCUCGGCAUUCCGGCACCCAACGGGAUAUUACGCAACACUGGCGAUGCUUUGGGCUCAGACUUUGGAAAUAAUCACUACGCUCGUACAGCUGUCACAGAUAAACGAUUGCAUUUCGACGAAGAAAAUCGCAGCUUCCUUCCAGAUCAGCAGCUCCCAUUGGGUUCACGCGGCUCGACGGCAGCACGACGUAUCGGAAGUACCGAGCAAGCCUUGGAGCCACCUUACAGCGGGCAGUUUGGCUAUCACGCCGGUGACGAGGACUGGCUGCCUUACGGCCGCUAUUGUGAGCCCCCUGUUUACCGAGAACUCGGUGCCACAAAUUGUGGAUCUUUUCAAGCCUCAUUCGGCGCCACUAAGCAUCCAUUACGCAUGCCUUACCCGAGGAAUCCUGGUGUCGAAGCCAUCGUCGCGACGGCAACUGGUGGGCUUCCUGGAAUGCCAUUGGUUCGGCGCAGAUCGCCUGAAUUCGCGCCCGGGCAGCUUCCGUACGGCAGAAUGAGGCUUUCUACGGCGGGUACGACGAGAAAAGGUCGUCGCGCGGGGGGUGUCUACCGACAGCACGGCGUUUCGUACGUAGGGCCUAGAACUACAGUUUCGGCGCAACAGAACAUCAGAGUGGGUCAAGCUUGCGGAUCGCGCUCGAGUCCACGUGCUAGGCGAAGUGUGUCUCCCGCCCGCAGGAUGACGCAUGCAUAUCAGCAACGGCCUUACUCGCCAGCAAGUUUACAGGGUCAGUACUGGGGGAAUACGUAUGCUCCCGGCAUGGUUAACUCGUGGCAUGCUGGUUGCUACGAAAACCCGGCGUUCGAGCCCGUGCCCACCUCAUUCGUGGACACCGUGCCUGCGUCUGCAACCAGCGAAGCAAGAGGCUGGUGGAUACCAGAUCAGGAGUACCGGAUGAGGAGGAAGAAGGCGGUCAUUCGCGUGGAGAGCGUCAGCACGUUCGAGAGUCACGAGAACGCCAACGAACCGCGUGCGCCAACCGUGCGGUCUCCGGCAGUUUGUAGGAAACGACCAUCGCAGGAAAAGGUCACGUCUACAAAGACAGUGCAGACGGAGGAGCGCGAUGGUAGCGCACGCUGUGUCGCGCCAACAACAGCGGAGACGGGAAGGCCGAAGGUCAUAACCCCCAGGGUCAAAACACACGUGGACAUAGACGACAGUAACAGCGAAACAAGGAACGCCAGCUACACGCGUGUCAGAACGCAGACUGAAACAGUUCAGCAACCCUGGGCGCCGGGAGGAGGACCACCGGACCACGCACGAAACGCGGAAGCGCCAUUCUUGUCGCCAAACUUUGGCACAAGCCCUUCCUACCCUGGUUAUGUUAAUCAAAAUUUUGUCUGUCCUCCCUAUAUGCCAAACUACCGACCAGAACCAUUGGCCCCAACAGCAGUGCCAACUUCUGCCUCACCUUUCAUGGGGCAGAUGGCCCAAACGACGCAUCCAGCUGCUGUCCAGAUGGCUUACUAUGGACAAAUACCAACAAGCCCGCCGCAAAAUGUCGGGCCACCAGCUUCGCCACCGGCUGCUCCACCCACUGCUCGUGCAAAAAGUUCUUCAGAGCGAGCCGCGGCUUGCCCACUGUCCUCCUGUUUCAAGGGGGCCUUCUCUCGACCAGAUGAGAGCUCGGAAGAGGAGCCGAAGAAGCGCGAUUCGCACUGCUGUCACCGCGAACGAAGACGCAAGCGCGCUCGUUCUCCGCUUCCACCGCCGUCGGUGGGCAGCACUUUCACGGUGGGGUACAUGAUGAACUCGGAGAACGAGCUCAGUCCUGUUCUCAUGCCCUUAAAUGCCACGUCAACGCAGCCUCCGCGGAACGAAACCCGAGGCACCCAGUCUGUCACACCGAGUGCGCGCGCUGUUUCGUCGCGGGGGUCGGCCAGCGAGGAGGACCCCGUGGCGAAGUUAGAAAAGCGAGUUCAGGAGCAGAUCGUAGAAAUCGAGAAGGCCAUCCAAGAGCAAGACGAAAGAUGGAAGGAGAACGAGAUGAGCAAAAGAAAGGAAGCCGAGAGGAAGAAGCCGCCGAAGGAGAAGACGGGCAGUAGGGCUAAGCGCAAAGACGGAAAACUGCGCAAUAUCUUCGUCGCGAAGGUGGAAGAAAAUUCCAGUCCCGACGAAUGCGACACCGAGCCUCAGAGUUGGUUCUCGUGGUCACGAACGAGCAAAAGUAGGAAAGGUGUCCAGCUGAAAGUGCCACGGGAGGCACGCUCAGUUCGUUCCAUGGACACGCAGACGGAAGGAAGCUCCGCCAGUCGCGCUUCGUCGAAGGGGAAACUGUCAGAGGGGAGCGAGAAGAUCGCCAUCCCAGGAGUGUCCAGCAGUGAAGCCGUGCCUUCCGGUUUCACCUGGGCGACGCGCCGAAAGAAGCCUGCUCGGUCUAGUUCACGCGGCAGUCCUGGCGAUGAAGCCGCACCUGCUGGCUUCGCAUGGGCGACGCGCCGAAAGAAGCCUACUCAGCCCAGUCCGCGCGGCAGUCCUUCCAGUGAAGCCGGACCUGCUGGCUUCACCUGGGCGACGCGCCGGAAGAAGCCUACUCAGUCUAGUUCCCGCGGCAGUCCUGACAGAGAACCCAUGUCUCCUGAUAUCACGUUGGAGACGUGCCGAAAGAAGGCUACUCUGGCUCGCCCGCGCGGCAGUCCUAACAGAGAAGCCGGACCUCCUGGCUUCACGUGGGAGACGCAACGAAAGAAGUCCAGUCAGCCUAGUCCGCGCGGAAGUCCCGCCCGAAAGGUCUUCUACACAGACGACGACGACAUCAGCAAGAACGACAAGCGCAGCCGUGGUGGGUCCCCACCUCGAGCGUCCGCAAUAAAGGCACCCAGCCCCAACCGCAGCGGCAGGUCAAGUCCCGUGACAGGCAGACGACAGCAGAAACAUCACUCGGCGGAGCGCAGCACACCGUCACCCGACCUCGAGCUCAGCGGCGCCGAAGCAGACACGGACACAGAGAACGCCCUCCUAGCAAAGAUAAGGGUCGGUUUUCCGGGAGCCCGGAGAACGCAGAGGCGUUGGUCUCGAACGGAGAUGCACCGCUCCACCUCCUACGACACGGCGGCAUCGUCCGUGGCUCCUUCGUCGACCGCAGACAGGCGCAUUCGUUCUGCGGGGCAGUUUCCCGGCGAAAAGUCAAAGAAACGGUCUCUGGACACGGUCAGCGAAGUCCCCCCGUCGUCAUGCUGGCAGUCCGUGUGCAGCUUAUUCGGAGGGCCGGAGCGGAAACCGUCUUCCGAGAAGACGGCUGGCGCAAAGAAGUCCAAGAGCUGCUGCAGUUCCGUGUGCGACAGUGCAGAUCCUGGUGUGACGAAGGGCCCCGACCUUACAAGAAAUCGUCGCCUCGGAGAAGGCCAUCCGGUGGCGUUUCACCACCGCUACCGGUACUACCACCAGCCACCCGUGCUACCACCGCCGCCUAUCGGCUACCCUCCGCAGCCACCGAAGCCAAAUUUCAGACGGCGGAAGCGCAGCUCCGAAUACGUAGCCGAGAAAAGCCAAGCAGAAGAGGCAAAGCCUGCCUCUGGAGGAAGCAUACUUUCAAAUAUAUUCAACUGGUUCUCCUCGCGGAGCGGAGACAAGCAGGACGAAGGCGAAGCGGGACAGAAGGACAAGCGACGCGACAGCCAGGGCAGCAGUUUUCAACGCUGGAUAGCGGGAAAGGAGCGCGCCCUCAAGAGAAACGAAUACAAGCUCACCGGAUCACGCGAGCAAGCCGCCACACGGUCGCGAGAGCACUCAGCCGCGCGAUCGCGAGAGCGUCUGCCACAGCAAGCUGCGCCGAUUCCACAGGAGCUGUACUUCGAGGAGGAAGGUGGUCCUCGGUGGGUUAUUAAGUACUCUCCUUCUCAUUCCGCGUCGCCUGCGCAACUAGCGGUGGAUGGACCUCGCGCACCUGGUCCCCGCAAGUCCACAAGCUCGCGCGAGAAAACGCCUGCGGUCUUGAGUGCGCAGCACUCACCGGCAGGCGCCCGCGAAGCGGACUGGUCAGUCCAGUACUUGUACGGCCCCAGCGGUUCCAAACAAGGAUCGCCCGCACAGUCGGGCUCGAGGCCGCCGAUGAGAAUGCCCACGCCCCCAUUUAUGUCCGUAGGCUUUCAAGGAAGCUGCGGGCCACGCGGUGCGGAACAAGCGCAAGCAACGGCGGCAGGUUUCGGUGGACCACCCUCGCACGGGUUCAACAAUACGCCCGAUUGGUCUAUACGUAUAACGCAAGGCCGCGAGCACUCUUCGUCGUCACGUGCCUCAGUCCGCUCCAAAGGGCCCGGAAAACACAGUCCUUCAGCCGGGUCGAAAGAGGCUCCGGCCGAGAUGCAACCGUCGUUCGUCUUGCGGCUCGUUGAACCACGUCCACGAAGCCGCGGGAGUUCGGCCCAGUCGCUGGAACACACUCCGGAAAAGAAGAAGAGCGAGGUGUCCUUCAAAGAUAAGCCCGAGACAACAGUCAUCGUACCGCCAACAGCCGUCGUACCGCCAGCAGAGCCUGCAGCUGCGAAGUCGGAGAAGACAGAGCCUCCUCCAGCAGCCGAUACUGGGAAAGCGCAGCCGGCGCCCCCCACCGCCGCACCACGCGUGCUCCAAACGGAGGAGUCGUUCAAGCACGAAUUCUACGAGGAGAUGGACGAACGCGGCAGGGCGGCGACCAUGGCCCCGGCGGUCAGUCAGCCCGGCGGGGGCUCUGUGCAGGCGGCUGCGCUGUCGGCCGCCCUGCAGAUGUCGGCCAUCGAUGCGCUCCUCUCGCGUGGCACCGAACCGGGCAAGACAACCGAGAACGCUACUGAGGCCCCGAAGAAGCCCAGCUCCGCAAGUGCGCCCAGCAAAGAAGAGAAGAAGCUUUCCCUUCCGGGAAUGCCGAAGGAAGCCCCACCGGACAAGCAGGGCCAAGGCGGCGCGUCGGUCGGCCUGCCGACGUCGCAGUCCGAGCCGGCGAGCAACAAGGCCAAGGGACCAGAGGCCCCCAAGCCCGGCGGCAAGAAGGCGUCGCUGUCACCCGGCGAGCCGGCGCACACCAACUACGUGCUGGAGCUCAAGCGGCAGCGGCAGCGCCAGCCGUACUGGAGCGACCCCUUGUCGUACAAGUGUCCCACCGUGCAGGAGGUGGCCGGAUACGCCAUCAUCACGGCCGUGCUCCUGCUGGGUCUGGUGUUGCUCGUGUCCGUGCCCAGGAUGCGCUCGCAAGCUCUGAAUGCCCAAGACUGACAUUUGCGGCGACUCCCAUCAUCUCCAUCUCUGCUGUUACAUGCACGUUCACUUCCUCUCGCAAUAAAGUGUUCUGC